GAGAGCAAGUGCUCUCCCAAAGAGCUGCAGCCAUUAGACAAAGCAAUCUUAAAAAGAAAGGGCAUAUGCUGAUUACAAUCCAAAGGAACAGACCUCUGCAUCUGUUUCAAAACAGCUAAGGACGGAUUGGCCUUGAAGGUGUGUAACUCAUGAAAGGAAACUCUGGACAGAUACAUCUCCUAAUGUGAACUGGCUGGAAGUGAAGCUGGAACAAUGGAAGUGCACAAAAGGCAAGUUUUGAGUUUGGUUCUUUAUUUCUGCAUGCGUAUUGCAAUGUGUGAACCCAUCCUCUAUUCAGUGCCAGAGGAAAAGAAAAGUGGGUCUCUAGUAGCUAAUGUCCUGAAAGAUUUGAAAGUGGAUGCAGAGGAACUUUUCGCUCGGAGAGCCCAGCUGGUUUCUAAGAGCUCCAAGCAGUAUUUCCAUCUGGAUCCACAUUCUGGUGAUUUGAUAUUAAAGGACAAAAUAGACCGAGAGUCUCUGUGUGGUCAGAAUGAUCCUUGUCUUCUGUUUUCUGAAAUUGUGCUUGAAAACCCAUUGCAGCUGCAGAGAAUCAAAGUUCAAAUACAAGAUGUCAAUGAUAACACCCCUAAAUUCUCAAAAAUGAAAUUCAUUUUUGAAAUACCUGAGCAGGUACCAGUGAACACUCGAUUCCCUUUGGAGAGAGCGCAGGAUUCAGAUAUAGGAGAAAAUGCUGUACAAAAUUACACGCUUAGUCCGAAUGAACAUUUUAGACUGGAUGUCCAAAGACACAUUGAUGGAAGCAAAUAUAUAGAACUGGUAUUGGAGAAGCAGUUAGAUCGUGAGGUGAAUCCACAGAUUACCCUAAUUCUGUCAGCUGUUGAUGGAGGGAUCCCCAAAAGAACAGGAACAGUGCGAAUAAUCAUUGAUGUUCUGGAUACCAAUGAUAAUUUCCCUCAAUUUGAACAAUCUACAUACAAAGUGAAGUUAACGGAAAACACCCCUUUGGAAACGCUGAUCACAAAAGUGGAAGCCACUGACAGAGAUCUUGGUUCCUUUGCUCAACUCACUUAUUCAUUCAGUGAAGUACCAGAAGGUGUGCUAAGAUCAUUCAACUUAAACAAAAACACUGGGGAAAUUACCAUUUCAGGGACAAUUGAUUAUGAAGAAAACAGAAAUUAUGAUCUGCGCAUCAAAGCCACAGAUGGAGGGGGCCUUUCUGCUUACUGUAAAGUCAUUGUAGAGAUUGAGGAUGAGAAUGACAAUGCUCCAGAGAUUACCAUCACAUCCAUCACCAGUCCCUUACCUGAGGACUCUCCCCCAGACACAGUGGUGGCCCUCUUCAGUGUCACAGAUGUGGACUCUGGAGACAGUGGCAAAACUGCCUGCACCACGGAAGUAAACCUGCCAUUUGUGCUCAAACCAACAGAGAACAACUAUUAUCAGCUGGUGACCCAACAACCACUGGACCGAGAACAAGCUUCUGAGUAUAAUAUCACCAUCACAGCCACUGACAGAGGCUCUCCCAGACUCACUUCCACAAGAAUACUUCAUGUUCAAAUCUCAGAUGUCAAUGACAACCCUCCAGUGUUUGAAAAGCCAUUCUAUGAAAUGCAGUUAAGAGAAAACAAUAUUCCUGGUCUUCUGAUCGAUUCGGUCCAUGCUGUUGAUCUGGACACAGCGCAGAAUGCCAAAGUGACCUACUCGCUUUUGCCUGGGAAGGUCAAUGAUGGCCCCACAUCCUCUUACAUCUCCAUCAACUCUGAAACGGGGAACCUGUAUGCCAUUCGGUCUCUGGAUUAUGAGGAAGUAAAAGAUUUCCAUGUGACGGUGAGGGCUGUGGAUUCAGGUUCCCCUCCACUGAGCUCAGAAGUUACGAUCCGCGUUCAGGUCGUGGAUGAAAAUGACAAUGCCCCCUUCAUCCUCUACCCUCUCCAGAAUGGCACUUCCCCCUCGAACGACCUGGUUCCCCGAGGGGCAGAGACUGGCUACCUGGUCACCAAGGUGGUGGCUGUGGACAGGGAUUCUGCUCAGAACUCUUGGCUUUCCUAUCAGCUGCUGAAGGCCACAGAGCCGGGUCUGUUCACGGUGGGGGCCCAGAAUGGAGAAGUGACCACCCUGAGACCAGUCAGCAACCGAGACGGCUUCAAGCAGAAUCUGAUUGUGGUGGUCCGAGACAACGGCCAUCCUCCCCAGUCCACCUCUGCCACGCUCAGAAUCCUUCUAGUGGACGGCUUCUCUGACCCUUAUCUGAAAAGUGUGGCUCUCCCAAAGGAGGAAACAGCGGAGGAGGAAGACCCCAGCCUGACUAUGUAUUUGAUCAUCUGCUUGGCUGCCAUCUCAAGCAUCUUUCUCAUUUCUAUUGUGGCGUUUAUUGUAAUCAAGAUGCAGAAACGGGAAAAGUUCAUAGGGACCUACAACUCUGCAGCCAAUUUCCCUGUGGGACCAGAUUCCCAGGAGAACCCUGUGGAUUCUGGUGCUGGAUCUCUAUCUCAGGCUUACAACUAUGAGGUGUGCUUAGCUGGUGGGUCUCUGAACAGCGAGUUCCGGUUUCUCAGGCCCCUAUUUCCUGUUUUCUCUGUGGAGCCUCCUAACACUCAGGUGAAUCCAAGGAGUUCCAAUGAUUCUGAGGGAGUCCCCAGUCAUGCAGGUGAAAGUCAACAUAUCCUCCAGGUGAGUGUAGCAUUUGAAUCCCUUCUGUAUGAUUUCAUUUCAAACUCAUUAAGUAUAUCACUCCACUAUUCUGUGCCAGAAGAAAAGAAGAGGGGGUCUUUGGUGGCUAAUGUGCUGGAGGAUCUGAAACUGGGAACAGGGGAUCUCUCUGUUCGUAGAGCCCAGCUAGUGUCCAAAGACACUAAGCAAUAUUUCCACCUUAAUACUCACUCUGGGAAUCUGUUGAUAAAUGAUAAAAUAGAUAGAGAAGUUUUGUGUGACCAGACUGAUCCUUGCUUACUUCUCUCACAAAUUGUGCUGGAAAACCCAUUAGAGCUCUACAGUAUUGUAGUCAAGAUAGAAGAUGUGAAUGACAAUGUUCCCAAAUUCUCUACAAAGGAAUUUGAUCUGGAAAUUCCCGAGAAUGUUCCCACAAAUACACAAUUCCCCUUGGAAUCUGCCCAAGAUGAGGAUCUAGGGAGAAAUAACAUCCAAAACUACAAGCUCAGCCCCAAUGAACAUUUCCGGCUUGAUGUUAAAAGUGAUGAGGAUGGAAGCAAGUAUGUGGAUCUUGUCCUGGAGAAGCCACUGGACAGGGAGAAGGAGCCACACUUUGGACUGACUCUCACAGCUGUGGAUGGAGGGGAACCACAAAGAACAGGCACAGUUCAAAUAAAUAUUCACGUUCUUGACAACAAUGACAACUUUCCUCAGUUUACCCAGUCUGAAUACAAAACUAAGUUAAAAGAAAACAGCCCACAGGGCACUCUGGUCUUCAAAGUGGAAGCUACAGAUUUGGAUUUUGGUUCAAAUGCACAGAUCACCUACUCAUUCCAACGAGUGCCUGAAAAAAUAUACAAUUUGUUUCACUUAAAUGAAAUCAUGGGGGAAAUCACUGUUUUAGGUCAAGUGGAUUUUGAAAAAGAAACCAGGUAUGACAUGAAAAUUAGAGCAACAGAUGGAGGGGGUCUUUCAGGGCACUGCAAGGUUUUGGUAGAUGUUGAAGACGUGAAUGACAAUGUCCCUGAAGUGUCUGUCAUAUCCAUCACUGACAUCAUACAAGAAGACUCUCCUCUGGACACAGUGGUGGCCCUCUUCAGUGUCACAGAUCGAGACUCUGGUGAUAAUGGCAGAACCGUGUGCUCUGUGGAGACAAACCUUCCCUUUGUCUUAAAACCCACGAUGGAUAACUAUUACCAACUUCUGGUCCAAAGCUCACUGGACAGAGAGAAAGUCUCAGAAUAUAAUAUCACCAUCACAGCUGUUGACCAGGGCUCUCCUAGGCUCACUUCAACAAGAAUUAUUAACAUUCAGAUCUCAGAUGUCAAUGACAACCCUCCAGUAUUUGAAAAGUCUUCAUGUGAAAUGCAGAUACGGGAAAACAAUAUUCCAGGUCUGCUCCUUGGCUCAGUCCAUGCUGCUGAUCUGGACACUGAGAAGAAUGCCAAGGUCACCUACUCCCUUUUGCCUGGGAAGGUCACUGAUGGCCUUGUUGCCUCUUACAUCUCUGUCAACUCUGAAAGCGGAAAUCUGUAUGCCCUCCAAUCUCUGGAUUACGAGCAGAUCAAAGAUUUCAAAGUGACGGUGAGGGCGACAGAUGGAGGGUCUCCUCCCCUCAGCUCAGAAGUUACUGUCCGAGUCGUAAUCAUAGACGAAAACGACAACGCUCCCUUCUUCCUCUACCCUCUUCAGAACAGCACAUCCCCCUGCAAUGAGCUGGUCCCCAAGUCGGUGGAGGCCGGCUACCUGGUCACCAAGGUGGUGGCUGUGGAUGGAGAUUCUGGCCAGAACUCGUGGCUUUCCUAUGAGCUGCUGAAGGCCACAGACCCUGGUCUUUUCAGCAUAGGAGCCCAGAAUGGGGAAGUGAGAACCAGGAGAGCCCUGACCGAGCGAGACACCAGCAAGCAGAGACUCAUGAUAGUGGUGAGGGACAACGGGCUCCCUCCCCAGAGCAGCACUGCAAUGCUCCAUGUCCUUCCUGUGGGUGGCUUUUCGGAUCCUCAUAUGAAGGCUGUGGAGGUCAGUAAAGAGGAACACGAAGAAGAUGGGACCUUGACCUUGUAUUUGGUGAUCUGCCUGGCUGCAGUCUCCUUUGUGUUCCUCGUCUGCAUUGUUUCCUUUGCUGCUCUCAAGAUCUGCAGGAGGGAUCCCAGGGAAAGUUUUAUCGCUGCCCCUCCUCACUUCCCACCUGCCAGACCCGACAUCCCAGAGAACUGUGGCGAUUCUCAGAGCGGGUCGCUUUCCAGGAGUUACCACUACGAUGUUUGCUUAACCGGCGGGUCCUUAAGCAGCGAGUUCAGGUUCCUCAGGCCCCUCAUUCCUGUUUUUUCUGUGGGGGACCCAAACCUCAAUGUGAACCAGACCCCUCCUUCUGCUUCCCAAGAUAUUCCUGACCAGGCGGUGAAAACAGAAUCAAGGAAAGAGGGUCCUGUCUGUUAG